UGACCCGUCCAUUCAACCCAAAAAUUCCAGAACUUUCAAAGUGAAAACUGAACACGAACUGAAAAUUCAAACUUGUAAAAAUGUGGACAGUUCGAUACCAAAUACUUGACGCACUUCUCUAAUGCGCGGCUACCAAGCACUCUUCGAAGAUAAAAUAUGGCCGAAGAAGAACCUGAACCGGCGAAAGCGGAGUAUUGGACAGAGCGAUGGAAGGAAGGUAAAAUUGGCUGGCAUAGAGAAGAAGUAAAUGAAUACCUCAUCAAGUACGUGGAUGAACUCACUGGUGGAAGGUCAAACCUACGAGUGUUCCUUCCCCUGUGCGGGAAGUCCGUCGAUAUGCUGUGGUUAGCUGAUCAAGGGCACACUAUUGUGGGAGUGGAGGUAGCUAAGCAAGCAGUUGAGAGUUUCUUCACUGAAAAUAACCUGACUUUUACGGUGGAGUCAGUGAAAAUGGCCGCAAGCGGCGAGCCAGCCAAAGUCUACAAGUGCAAAGAAAAGAAGAUCACAAUCUUUUGCUGUGAUUUGUUCACCUUGUUCCUUCCCCUGUGCGGGAAGUCCGUCGAUAUGCUGUGGUUAGCUGAUCAAGGGCACACUGUUGUGGGGGUGGAGCUAGCUAAGCAAGCAAUUGAGAGUUUCUUCACUGAAAAUAACCUGACUUUUACGGUGGAGUCAGUGAAAAUGGCCGCAAGCGGUGAGCCAGCCGAAGUUUACAAGUGCAGAGAAAAGAAGAUCACAAUCUUUUGCUGUGAUUUGUUCACCUUCGAGGAAGAAGAUGUCGGUGGGAAGUUUGACGCCAUCUGGGAUCGUGGUUCCUUGUCUGCGAUCGUACCUUCAGUAAACGGCAAACGAUACACGAAGAAAAUGCAUUCGCUUCUCGCUAACGAUGGAAACUGUAUACUGGAAACCCAUUACUAUGAAAUUGAACGUGGUGAGCCACCGGCUAGCAUUUCUGAUGAGCUUAGGAAUGAACUUUAUGGGGAGGAUUUUGACAUCAAGGAGCUGGAGGUUAACAGAAUUAAGAAUGUCCCUGAUGGAGAAUUUUCCUUGCGCUACUAUCUAGUCAAACCAAAGCCAAAUUGAUGGCGUGGGGUCGGGGGAGGGGGAGGAAUACCGCUCAUUUAUGGGGCAUUUGAUCUUCCCGAAGGAUUCUUGAUCAAAUCCCUACCCAAGGGCCUGGGGCCCGUCAAAUUGGUCACAUCAAAUUAAAUUGUCACACCAAUAGACUCAGCGACAAUGCCAUAGUGCAGUGCCAUGCUGCAGUUUAUUUAUUUUAUAAAGAGACUUUAUUGCCAAGUUUGUCCUGCAGUUUCCAGCUCCCUCCUGAGGCUUAACUACCUUAUUACAUGAAAUUUUUGCGACACGUUAAUUUCGCGAAAUUCAAGUGACGCGAAAAUUUAAUGUCGCGAAA